UAUCUCUGAUAUUUUUCAGAUGACUACCGAUAUCUCAGUUUCCCGUUGGGACCCUGCAGUUCCUGAAAUAGUCGAUGAUUAUGAAUACGAUGGAGGAAACUCAUCUUCCAGACUUUUUGAAAGAAGUAGAAUUAAAGCUCUUGCCGAUGAAAGAGAGAGUGUUCAGAAGAAAACGUUCCAAAAAUGGGUGAAUUCACACCUAGUGCGUGUGCACUGCAGAAUAUCUGACCUCUACCUGGAUUUGAGAGAUGGAAAAAUGCUAAUUCAGCUGUUAGAGGUCCUAUCGGGUGAUAAACUGCCAAGGCCUACUAAAGGCAAAAUGAGAAUUCACUGCCUAGAAAACGUAGACAAAGCUCUACAAUUCUUAAAAGAUCAAAAAGUCCAUCUAGAAAAUAUGGGAUCUCAUGACAUCGUAGAUGGCAAUGCUAGACUUAGCCUUGGACUGAUCUGGACAAUCAUUCUAAGAUUUCAGAUACAAGACAUCACAAUUGAAGAGACCCCAAAUAAAGAGACAAAAUCUGCCAAAGAUGCUCUUCUCCUCUGGUGCCAGAUGAAGACAGCAGGUUAUCACAAUGUUAACGUCAGGAAUUUCAGCACGUCAUGGCGUGACGGCCUCGCUUUCAAUGCUAUCAUCCAUAAGCAUAGACCCGAUCUUGUGCAAUUUGAGAAGCUGUCAAGGUCCAAUGCGAUAUACAACCUUAAUAAUGCAUUCACUGUAGCCGAAGACAAGUUAGGCCUUACCAAACUACUUGACCCUGAAGAUGUUUAUGUUGACCAGCCUGAUGAAAAAUCAAUUAUCACAUACGUUGUGACUUAUUACCACUUCUUCUCCAAGAUGAAGCAAGAAACGGUCCACGGCAAGAGGAUAGGAAAGGUAGUCAGCAUCGCAAUGGAUAAUGAUCAGAAGAUUCAUGAAUAUGAAAGGCUUACCAGUGACUUGCUCAAAUGGAUCGAAUCAACGAUCGUCCAGCUUGGGGAUAGAAGGUUUGCCAACUCGCUGACUGGAGUACAACAGCAACUGGCUCAAUUCAACAAUUACAGGACUUGUGAGAAACCACCAAAAUUUGUUGAGAAAGGUAAUUUGGAAGUUCUUUUAUUCACCCUUCAAUCCAAGAUGAGGGCGAACAACCAAAAACCAUAUAUGCCCAAAGAAGGAAGCAUGAUUUCUGAUAUAAACAAGGCUUGGGAACGUCUUGAAAAAGCUGAGCAUGAAAAAGAGUUAGCAUUACGUGAGGAAUUGAUAAGGCAGGAGAAACUCGAGCAACUCGCUGCACGAUUUAACAGGAAGGCGAGCAUGAGGGAAACUUGGCUUUCUGAAAAUCAGAGGCUUGUUUCUCAAGACAACUUUGGUUUUGACCUAGCCGCAGUUGAAGCAGCUGCUAAGAAACAUGAAGCGAUAGAAACUGAUAUUUUUGCCUAUGAAGAACGUGUGCAAGCAGUUGUUACCGUGAGUCAAGAGCUUGAGGCUGAAAACUACCACGACAUCGAGAAGAUCAAUGCUAGAAAAAAAAAUGUCUUGCGAUUGUGGAACUAUCUUUUGGAAUUACUGCGUUCACGUAGGAUGCGUCUUGAUCUUUCAUUGCGCCUACAACAAAACUUCCAAGAGAUGGUCUACAUCCUGGAUUCGACAGAAGAGCUCAAACUCAGGCUUCUGUCUGACGACUACGGUAAACAUCUUAUGGGUGUUGAAGAUCUACUUCAGAAGCACAGCCUUGUCGAGGCUGACAUCAACGUCCUUGGCGAAAGAGUCAAAGUUGUUGUUCAACAAUCUCAGAAAUUUAAUGAGGAUGAGGCCAUGGAAGGAUAUAGGCCUUGUGAUUCGGCAGCUAUAAUCGAAGAAAGGAUACAGCAACUCGAAGAAAAUUAUCUCGAGCUAGUAAAACUUGCAGUUGAUAGAAGAUUGAGACUCGAAGAAAGUAAAAAAUUGUGGCAGUUUUAUUGGGACAUGGCCGAUGAAGAAAAUUGGAUUAAAGAGAAGGAACAGAUUGUAUCGCAGGGUGAUAUUGGUCAUGAUUUGAUCACAAUAAAUCUUCUUCUCUCUAAACACAAGGCACUUGAAAAUGAGAUAGCAUCUCAUGAACCACAACUUGUAUCAGUAGUCUCGGUGGGUGAAGAAUUAGUCCGUCAAGAACAUUUCGGCGCAGAUCGCAUUCAACAAAGAUUAAAUGAUACCUUAGAUAUGUGGCGCCAUUUACAAGAUCUUGUCGCAUACAGAAAAAAGAGGCUAACAGAGGCUGUUGACUUCCACCAAUUCUUUGCAGAUGCCGACGACGUCGACAUCUGGAUGUUAGAUACGUUAAGACUCGUCUCUUCAGAAGAUGUCGGAAGGGACGAAGCAAAUGUUCAAUCUUUAUUGAAGAAACACAAAGAGGCUACUGAAGAGUUGAAAAAUUAUUCAUCGUCAAUCGAAGCCCUCCAUGCACAGGCUGCAGCACUUGGUGAAGAUUCUCGGAAUUCUCCAGAGGUUCAAAAACGGUUAUCUUCGAUAGACUCACGCUACAAAGAACUACUAGAACUUGCCAAAUUGAGAAAACAACGACUUCUCGAUGCUUUAUCAUUGUACAAGUUGUUCUCUGAGGCUGAUGGUGUAGAACAAUGGAUCGGAGAAAAGGAUCGCAUGCUUGAAACGAUGGUUCCAGGCAAAGACAUUGAGGAUGUCGAAAUUAUGAAACAUAGAUACAACGGCUUUGAUAAAGAAAUGAACUCAAAUGCAUCAAGAGUCGCUGUAGUUAAUCAACUUGCACGUCAAUUGCUGCAUGUUGAGCACCCGAACUCUGAGCAAAUUGUCGCUCGACAGAAUAAACUCAAUCACGAAUGGGCAGAGCUCAGGGAAAAAGCCGAAACUAAGAGAGAAGAGCUCAAUUCGGCUCAUGGCGUUUCAACGUUCCACAUCGAAUGCAGGGAGACAGUCAGUUGGAUCGAAGACAAGAAGAGGAUUCUUCAGUCUACAGAUUCUCUUGAAAUGGACUUGACAGGAAUCAUGACUCUCCAAAGGAGGUUGAGUGGAAUGGAAAGGGAUCUCGCUGCCAUCCAGACUAAGCUAGACUCCCUCAAAACAGAAUCAGAUGCAAUUUCCAAUAUGCACCCAGAAGAAAGUGCAUUUAUAAAAGAAAAAAUUAAGACAAUACAGACCAUCUGGGAAGAGCUUACUCUCAUGUUAAAAGAAAGGGAUGCAAAACUGGAAGAAGCAGGAGAUCUUCACAGGUUCCUCAGAGACUUGGACCACUUCCAAUCAUGGCUUCAGAAAACACAGACGGACAUUGCCUCUGAGGACAUCCCAGGCUCUCUCGCCGAUGCUGAGAAGCUUUUGAGCCAGCACCAAGCCAUUAAGGAAGAAAUAGACAAUUACACUGGAGACUUUACACAGAUGAUGGAGUACGGGGAACGAGUCACGGCUGAUCCGUCAUCACAAUCAGACCCGCAAUACAUGUUCUUGCGAGAGCGUCUCAAGGCUCUUAAAGACGGGUGGCUUGAGUUGCACCAGAUGUGGGAGAACCGGCAGGAGCUUCUCUCGCAUUGGCUUAAUCUACAAAUGUUCAACCGAGAUGCGAGGCAAGCCGAGGUCCUACUCUCCCAUCAAGAGCAUGUAUUGGCCAAAGAUGAUACACCGAUCAAUUUAGAGCAGGCCGAAAAUUUUAUCAAACGACACGAAGCCUUCUUGACCACAAUGGAGGCAAACGACGAAAAGAUCAAUGCUGUCGUGCAGUUUGCAGGGCAGCUUAACAACGAAGGCCAUUUUGCAGCCGAUAAAGUAACAAAGAAGGCAGAGAAUAUUGAAGAGAGACGUAAUAAUAACAAAGUUAAAGCCCAACAGCAAAUGGACAAACUGAAAGACCAACUUGAACUACAUCAAUUCCUACAGGAUUGUGAUGAAUUGAGCGAAUGGAUUCAAGAAAAGAAGUAUAUAUCACAAGAUGAAUCUUACAGGAGUGCUAAAACAGUUCACUCUAAGUGGACGCGUCACCAAGCGUUUGAAGCCGAGAUUGCCUCAAAUAAGGAUCGUUUAGUGCGAGUCCAGCAGGCUGGAAAAGAAUUAAUGAAAGAAAAGCCAGAAUUGGCUGAGAUUGUAUCUCCGAAGAUCACGGACCUUUCAGAACAGUUCUCUACACUCGAGAAAAUGACCAAGGACAAGGGAGAGCAAUUGUUCGACGCCAACCGUGAGGUCUUGAUCCACCAGACCUGCGAUGACAUCGAUUCGUGGAUGAACGAACUCGAAAAGCAGAUAGAGAACCCAGAUGUGGGCAACGACCUGGCUUCAGUUAAUAUUUUAAUGCAAAAACAACAAAUGAUAGAGACACAAAUGGCUGUCAAGGCGAAACAAGUAUCUGAGCUUGAAACCCAGGCCGAGUACCUUGAAAAGACAGUGCCUGAAAAGAUGGGACCGAUCAAAGAAAAGAAAGUUGCUGUUGAGGAACGGUUCCAAAAUCUCAUGGAACCGCUUAAAAAACGUCAGAGGCAACUGGAAAAAAACAAGGAAGCUUUCCAGUUCCGCAGAGAUGUGGAAGAUGAAAAAUUAUGGAUAGCGGAGAAAGUUCCAUUGGCAAUGUCGACAGAUUACGGAAACAGUUUGUUCAAUGUACACACACUUAAAAAAAAGAAUCAGUCUCUAAGAACAGAAAUUGAAAACCACGAACCUCGGCUUCAUGCAGUUCUUAGGAAUGGCGAGAAACUUGUAGAGGAGGGCAACGAGGAGGCUCCACAGUUCAGAAAACUCAUGGACGAGUUGCUCGACAGGUGGAACUACCUCAAGAAUGCUGUGAAGCACCGGAAAAACCAAUUGCUCCACUCAGAAAAUGCGCAGCAAUACCUGUUCGAUGCUAAUGAAGCUGUCAGUUGGAUGUCAGAACAGGAGCUGUACAUGAUGGUCGACGACAGGGGAAAGGAUGAAAUCUCGGCACAGAACCUUAUGAAAAAGCACGAAUGCCUUGAGAGAGCUGUCGAUGAGUAUGCCGACACCAUCAGGCAACUCGGUGAAACUGCCAGAUCUCUGGCUUCUGAUCACAAUCCCCUUAGUGAUCAGAUUGGUGUAAAGCAGUCACAAGUCGAUAAGCUUUAUGCCGGUCUUAAAGAUCUGGCUGGUGAACGACGAGGCAAGCUAGAUGAAGCUCUCCAACUGUUCAUGCUAAAUAGGGAAGUUGAGGAUUUGGAGCAAUGGAUUGCAGAACGUGAAGUUGUUGCUGGCUCACACGAGCUUGGACAGGAUUAUGACCAUGUCACCCUCCUCUGGGAGAGGUUCAAAGAAUUUGCAAGGGAAACAGAAGUCACUGGUGCUGAACGGGUAGCUUCUGUCAAUGCCAUUGCAGACGAUCUCAUCGAAAAGGGCCACAGUGACUCCGCCACCAUCGCCGAAUGGAAGGACGGCCUGACCGAAUCAUGGCAAGACUUACUUGAGCUCAUCACAACUAGAACACAGAUGCUCGAAGCCUCAAGGGAGUUGCACAAGUUCUUCCAUGAUUGUAAAGAUGUCCUUGGCCGGAUAUCUGAGAAACAACACGGGAUAUCGGAUGAACUGGGUCGGGAUGCCGGGAGCGUGUCUACCCUGCAGCGCAAGCACCUUAAUUUUAUCCAGGACUUGCAGACACUACAAUCGCAGGUUCAGGGAAUCACCGAUGAGUCGAGCAAACUGCAGGCUUCAUAUGCAGGUGACAAAGCCAAAGAAAUCACCAAUCGAGAAGGCGAGGUCGUCAGUGCCUGGGCCGGUUUACAGGCUAUGUGUGAAGCCCGCAGUGCAAAGCUUGCCGAUACCGGGGACCUAUUUAAAUUCUUUAACAUGGUCCGCACUCUCAUCCUUUGGAUGGACGAUGUUGUGCGUCAGAUGAACACCACAGAAAAACCAAGGGAUGUGAGUGGUGUAGAACUUCUUAUGAACAACCAUCAAAGCUUGAAAGCGGAAAUUGAUACUAGGGAAGAUAAUUUUAGCGCUUGUAUUUCAUUAGGGAAAGAAUUGCUAUCCAGAAACCACUAUGCAUCAAAUGAGAUCAAAGAAAAAUUGGUGUCGUUAAACAAUCAACGUAACUCACUUCUUCAUAGAUGGUCUGAAAGAUGGGAUAACCUGCAACUCAUCCUCGAGGUUUACCAGUUUGCGAGGGAUGCUGCAGUCGCAGAAGCGUGGAUUGUUGCGCAGGAACCAUACCUUAUGAGCAUGGAACUUGGGCAUACUAUUCACGAGGUAGAGAAACUGAUUAAAAAACACGAGUCGUUUGAGAAGUCUGCGAUAGCCCAAGAAGACAGGUUUAGUGCUCUUGAAAGACUAACUACGUAUGAGCUCAAGGAACUGAAGAGGAAGGAUGACGAAGAAAGGAGGAAACGAGAAGAGGAAGCUGCCAAAUUGGCUGCAACUCCACCGUCCUCACCCCCUCAUGUAGCUGCCGAUGGCACUGAUGGCACAGAGACUCCAGCUGCAGCGACUGAACCCGAGGCCAGGAAGGACAUGAUACAUGAAGCUCUUGAAGAAUUGAAGGCACCUCCACCCACUCCGACAAACAGGCUUCCGACAAAAGGGAAAACACAGGACCUAAAUUCGACGGUCACUGAUUCCUCAGCACCUUCUUCUUCAAUAAGUAAAACAGGCCAAUCUCCAGCAUCCUCUCCAACUGGUAAAACGUCCCUGGCAAGGGUUUCAGCUCAAUCGAGCCAGAGGGACAGCGGCCAGGACAUCAAAGCACCUGGGAGUGCUUCAUCAGGGCGGAAGAAACGUUCGCGCUCAAAAUCGCCGUUCAGAAGCUUCCGUUGGAAAAAGGGCAGCAGUGAGGGUACCAGCUCAGCCAGGGGGGGCAGUGAUGAUGAAAGCUAUCUCCCUGAGAGGACAAGCCCUGCUGACGGUGAGGUGCACAUUGAAGGGAACCUUGUCAGGAAGCACGUAUGGGACUUCCUGAGAAAAGCGUCAAAUCGGUCAUGGCAAAAUGUGUAUGUCGUGGCAAAAGGAUCACAGCUCCUCGUAUAUAAAGACGCGAGAUCAGCAAGGUCAGCACCUGAGACUUAUUAUAAAGGAGAAUCCCCCAUCGACCUCCGUGGAGCUACUGUCGAUGUGGCGACUGAUUACACUAAGAAGAAACACGUUUUUAAAGUCAAACUGUCGAACGAAUCGGAGUAUCUUCUCCAAGCCAAAGACGAUGAGGAAAUGAGGCGAUGGGUGACAUCGCUCAGCGCUGCUACAGAGGCGACCGGCGCUUCGUCCAAGUCGAGGACUCUCCCUGCCCAAGCUGUCGAAAAAGGUCCCGACACAAAGAAACGCUCUUUCUUCACACUGAAACACUCUGGGUGAACAUAAUUCUGACGUGGAGGAUAAUACUAAUCAUAUAAAUUAUUGAGAAUUCACACUAUUUUCUUUAUGAGAUUGUAUUCUCUUGGAAGAAAAGGAUUCCACUGAUAAGAUUUUUAAUUUAUUAAAAAAAAAAAUUGGACCUUCUAUAGAUAUAUAAAUAUUAAAAUUAAAAAUUGAAGAGAAAACAACCAAUGAGAAGAUACAAAAUAAGUUCCAGCCUUCUUUUUAUUUUUAUGAAUCGAUAAAAAAAUAUAUAUUAUAAUAAAUGCAAUUUACUGCCUGUUUUUAAUUUUUAGGGGGAUUUUUUAAUUUUAUUUUUGAUUUAUUGAUUAAUUUUACAUUUUUAUGACAAGGAAGGUUCAGAACCGGAUUUGUUUGCCCCCGCUGUAGUUUUAAAGUUAAGGCUUUUUUCAAUUAAGUAACUUACUGCUUUUUAUUUCUUUUAUUUUGAUAACCACAUCAGGUAAUUAAAAAUAAAUUAAUUUCUAUGAUUGAAUAUGGAAAAAUGUUAUUUUAAAAAAGUGCUUAGGACAUUUUGUAUAUUUGUGACUUGAGGACGUUUUUCAAUACGCUUGCUUUUUAUUAUUAUAUAUUAUAUCCUGUGCUGUAAACCACUUUGAAAAGGGAUUAACAAAAAAAAGAAAUAGUUUAUUCUAACAUUGGUUUUUUGUUUGUUUUAAUUUUUAUUUUACAAUUUUUUUUCCCUUUAAAUGUAAAAUUCCCUUUGAAAGGAUUCACUUGUUAAAUAAAUGUAAGAAAUUAAAUUUACUAUAAGAAAUAUUAGCACAAUCAACAUAGCAAUCGCUUUUCAAUUAAUAAGCGCUACAGGUAAGAAAUUCCAAAGUGUGUCUCAAAACAA